UUAUUAACUAGAUUUGAUAUUACUACUGGUGAGAGAUAUGUUCAAAAUAUAAGGUUCAAUAAUUCUGCUUUUGCUUUUAUAUCUUUUGGCAUAACUACAGAUCGUAGCAUAUUUGAAGUAGACAAACCUUAUAUUUUUAGAAUUCAAAGAGCUUUAUAUCAUAAUAUAGGUUCUUUAAUAUUACCAAGUGGGCAGCCUAAAUUUGUACAAAUUUAUUUCUAUGAUGGUAAUUUUGAUACCCAUGCUAGAUGGCAGGCUACAAGAAAUCCUGCUUUAAAAUUAAAAAUUUUUAAUGUAUCUUCUCAAGAUAUGAGAAAUUAUAAUUUACCAGUUGCUUCUGAAAUUGCUGCUAUAAUUACUGAUGAUGAUACAAUUGAUUCUGGUAGAGAUAUUAUUCUUACUACACAACAGAGUUUUUUGUGA